AUGCUCUGCAUAGCUCUUCGCCUCCUCAGCAACCCCGUACUGUCGUGGCCGCUUGCCGGGAUGCUAUCGGCAGCCCCCGAGGGUGUCAAGAAACCAACCAGAGGAGGAGCCGCCGUGUCGUCAUCCAUCCAGAACUCCAACAUCAUCGCCGCCAACCUGGCCGCUGUCGAGGCCCACUUCCACUCCGAGGCCACCAACGAGGUGGAAGCGGCGCUUGAUCUCUACACCGAUGACGUGGUGUGGGAGGCCCCGGCCCGCGGCCUGCGCUUCGAGGGCAAGCGCGCCGUGGCCGACAACUACACUCAGAUGUUCGCCAAAAUGGAGGACGUAGAGUUCGAGACCCUGCAGCGCUUCGCCACCGAGGACCGCGUGGUCGACGACAGCGUUGUUCGUUUCCGCCUGACGGGCGAAGGCUAUCUGCCGCUGUCUCCCGGGGCGCAGGUGGAAAUGCGUCUGGUCCAUAUCUUCGAGAUGCGAGACGGUCUCAUCAGCAAGGAGAUCGGCUACGAGAUGUGGCGGACAGCGGCCUAG